CGACUGAACUAAUUUGAAAUUGCUGUCAAAAGGGCGAGACACUUUUUCGUUUUCCCUUUGCUUGGCUUUGGUCCUUCUCUCUGCGUCGCCUUUCCUUUCGAAGUUCUCUGGGGGAAUGGAGCCCAAGCCAAGGCCGGAGCAGGCGGAGCCAACGGAACUGGCUUUAACCGAAAUUCGCUCCAGGUCGUCGUUCUUCAUCUACAAUCCGUACGAGAAGCGAACCGUGGAGGUGCCGCUGACCAACUGCGAUGCCGUCAUAUCCCUGCUGAAGUGCGUGAUUGGCACCGGAAUCCUGGCCAUGCCGCUGGCCUUCCGCCACUCGGGCGUUCUGGGGGGCGUCCUCUUUUCGGUCCUGCUGAUGAUCCUGCUGACGUACUCCAUCCAUUUGCUGGUCUGUAAGUGGCUGUGGACAGCCCCCCGCCCCGAUUUCUCAUUGGUUUCCGGUCUCUUCCGCGGACAGAUCGCCGGCAUGACCGAGUGCUGUCGCAGGCGCCGAGUGCCGCAGGUGUCCAUGCCGGAGGCCGUGCAGAUUGCCUACGAGCUGGGGCCCAAGUGGGUGCACCGCUUCGGCCGCACCGCCGGCCUCCUGACCGCCUGUGUCCUGGUCUUCGGCCAGUUCGGGCUGUGCACCGUCUACCUGGUGUUCGUGGCCAAGAACUUCAAGGAGAUCGGCGACUACUACGGCGGCAAGUACAACGAGCGCUACUACGUCCUGGGCGCGUGCCUGCUCCUGCUGCCCCUCUUCCUGAUCCGGCGUCUCAAGUACCUGGUGCCCCUCAACUUGGUCUCCAACUUCCUGCUCUACGGGGGCUUUGCCUUCAUCAUGUACUACCUCUUCAGCGGGCUGCCCGAUCCCCGCGAGCGCCAGCUGACCACAUGCCCCAGCGAGUGGCUGGUCUUCUUCGGCAUCGCCUCCUUCUCCCUGACAGCCGUGGGCUCGAUGCUGGUUGUGGAGGCGAACAUGGCCCAGCCCCAGAGCUAUCUGGGGAUGUUCGGUGUUCUGAAUGUCUCCGUCUUCUUCAUCCUCCUCUCCAACAUAUUCUUCGGCAUCAUGGGCUAUUGGCGGUUCGGCGAGAUCGUGGAGGCCAGCAUAACCCUGAACAUACCGCAGAAUGAAAUUCUUUCGCAGCUGAUCAAAGUCUUCAUUGCCACGGGAAUCUUCCUGAGCUAUCCCCUCAACGGCUUCGUGGUGAUCACGGUGAUCUUCAGCGACUACAGUGAAGCCACAGAGAAGGGGAGGUACCACACUCUCCAGGAGUAUGCGGUGCGCCUCAGCUUUCUGCUGCUCACAGGUCUGGUGGCUGUGGGCGUGCCCAAUCUGGCCGCCCUCACCGAGCUGGAGGGCGCCUUCUCUCUGAGCAAUCUGAACCUGCUCUGUCCGGCCCUGAUAGACAUCUUCCUCAACUACGACGUCGGCUACGGGCGUCUCAGGUGGAAGCUGGUGCGCGACCUCCUGCUCAUCGUCGUGGGACUCGUCUUUGGGAUUGUGGGCUGCACGAUGGCCAUGAAGCAGUUGGUGGACGACUUCCGGACGACGCUGCAACACAUGUAGCUUCCAUCGGCAUCGGCAUCGCCUCCUGCUUUUAUCAUUGCUGUUUUGCCCGUCUCCUCUUUCUUUUUGCAAUAAAAUCGGCUUUUCCAGGGGUCCUCUGGUGCUGCAUUUAA